AUGAACUACGAUUUGGCAGACAUCGCAGCUAGCGUGGACCGUCAGCCUAUGCAAGUUAUCUUCAAAGGUGUGAAUGACAAGAAGCGCGUGACCAACCUCUUCCUCUCUGUCCCUCAUGAUGCUGGAAACCCUGAAGCUGAGCCUUUCUACAGUGUAAAUGCCUAUGAUCUUCGAGCCACCGACGAGCGGAACGAUCUCAACAGCAAAUUCAUUCUCAUGGUUUGGCGAGAUUGGAAGAUCACUAAUAAUGAUGAUUAUCUCUUCUAUAUGCUUCCUCUUGUAUUGGCUAUGAUGCAAACGUCCGUUGAGAAAUGGGACAAGCAUGGCGAUGGUUUACUCGAAAACGCCAACUUUCCUGAUCAAACCUCAGACACCUGGAAGGCAACUGGCCUCAGCGCCUACACUGGUGGCAUAUGGCUUGCCGCUCUCUACGCCACCAAGGAUAUAAUUACUUACGGUGUCGGGAUGAGUAGGGAUUUUACUACACUGGCGACGUUUGCAAGGCUGGAGCAAAAGUACGAGGCGGUCCUCACAAAAGCCAAGAAGAAUUACUACGAUAAUCUCUGGAACGACUGCUGCUUCCGUUGUGAUAUUCGGGAUAACAAGGCGAAUCCGAUCAUUAUGGCUGAUCAAAUGUGUGGUCACUGGUUGCUACGUUCUUGCGGCGCCCCUAUAGACGCUAUUCUCCCAGAAAAUGCAAUCCAACUUGUACUUGAUUCUAUCAUUCGCAAUAAUUGGCGAUCGGUUGGUGACGGAGAAAUGGGUGCGAUCAAUAGAAUCCGUAAAGAUGGAAAAGUCAUCACCACUAGUCUCCAGUCAGAUGAAUUCUUGGUUGGUUCCAACUACUGUCUGGCUUCUCUCUUCAUGUUAGAGGGAUUGCCGAUCAACGGGUUUGAUCUCUGCAAAGCUAUAUACAACACGGUUGUUGACAACAUGGGCUUGCAGUACCAGACUCCAGAGGCUUAUAAACUUGGUAAAUCCUAUCGAUCGCCAGGUCAUAUGCGUCCUCUGGCCAUAUGGAGCAUCCAGCACGCUAUUGAAAUGGGAAAUUCCCGCUACAACUGCUCUUCACAGUGA